UACACUACGGGAGCUCGCACAUCUCUCUCUCAAGCAGCGCUGCUGGGACGCUGGCCACACCAUGGGCUGCUGCACCGGUCGCUGCUCGCUCGUCUGUCUCUGCGCGCUGCAGCUGGUUUCAGCCUUGGAGAGGCAGAUCUUUGAUUUCCUUGGCUUCCAGUGGGCACCCAUUCUUGGAAAUUUCCUGCAUAUAAUAGUUGUCAUAUUGGGUUUGUUUGGGACCAUUCAGUAUAGACCACGUUAUAUCAUGGUGUAUACAGUGUGGACUGCCCUCUGGGUCACCUGGAAUGUGUUCAUCAUCUGCUUUUAUUUAGAAGUAGGAGGCCUCUCUAAGGACACAGAUCUGAUGACAUUCAACAUCUCUGUGCAUCGGUCAUGGUGGAGGGAACAUGGACCUGGCUGUGUUCGGAGGGUGCUGCCCCCAUCAGCACACGACAUGAUGGAUGACUACACAUAUGUCUCAGUCACAGGCUGUGUCGUUGAUUUCCAGUACCUAGAGGUCAUCCACAGUGCUGUACAAAUACUUCUAUCUCUGGUUGGUUUUGUGUAUGCCUGCUAUGUGAUCAGCAUUUCCAUGGAAGAAGAAGACACCUUUGAUUUCAUAGGUGGACUAGACGCGCACUCCCACUACCAGGAUCAUGUUGAGUUAAAGCCUGUUAAACCUGUCGAAAUAAGUAAUGACAUUGACUCUGAAAUGCGGCUCCUGGACUUGAGUUAGGGAACAAAGCACCACUGGCCUCUAGCUCUGGGGAUCCUGCAGCGUCACCUUCCUCCUAGACAGCAGGACUGCGCCCCCUGCCGACCAGCGAACACGGAGCUGCGAGGUUUUUUUGGUCUCAGCCUGUGUAACCAUAGCCUUGUUUGCUAGAUGCAGAUGCGUUCUGGGUGCUUGGGUGGGUAUUUUUUUAGUCAUCUUCUUAUAUGAGCACUUGUAAAUUGUAAAAAAAGUAAUAAUAAUAAUUUUUAAUUUUUUUCUUAAUUUAACUUGAGGCAUGUAAAAUGAAAAAAAAAAAAUCUGUGAAAAUCUCCUCCUAAUAAUUUCUAAGGGGCCUGUCUGUUGUUGAACUGUGACAUCCAGGUUGCAGGCCCCUGAACUCUGCUGGGCUAAUGGAUUUGUGUAAGUAGACUUUGCCUGUGGGCAUGAGACACAGGGGUAGACCCUGUGGCAGAUUGCACAAAAACUGAACCCACUUUCAAAUGUGCUUGGAUCACUGUUUAAACAGCACCAGAAACAUGGAGUCAUUUGUUCUGAAUUUCCAAAGUCUCCACAAAACUGU